AUGCGAAGUGACAGCGAUGUCAGCGUGGAGGAAACACAGCACCCGACGUUGCAGCGUCAGCACCAGGAGAUGGACCAGGAUGAAGACACGUCGAAGGAGGAGAAGGAAACUCCCGAGACCAAAGACGAGGACAACAAGGAGGACGCCGGCCAGCAGCCUGAAGAGGACGCAGAUCCCGAAGCCAUCAACGUCCGCAUCCUGGACUUAAACGGAAAGUUCUUUAACAUCCCAUGUCGCCUGGACUGGACCGUGGCCCAGAUGAAACAAAAGGUGUUGGAGAGUACAGAGGUGGCUGUGGCAUCCCAGAGACUCAUCUACCGUGGCCGAGUGCUAGAGGAUGAGUCCACGCUCGAUAGCUAUAAGGUCGAGGAUGGACACACUAUUCACCUCUUUGUAAGGGCCGCGCCCACACCCGACCCCGAGAUCUUAAAUGCUGAGCUCAAUGCCAAUGGGAGCUCCAGUUCCGCCAGAGAUGAUGGCAUCACGGUCGUAAACAUCAACAGUGACAUUGUAUCGUCGGCCGUGUUCCCGUCCGACUCGGCCAGACGUGUAGACCCGUUGAUGCUCGACUCUCCUUUGGGUAAUUGUGCACGUCGCGUGAAACUUUGGAGUUCGUUCCUGUUGAUUAUCUACACUAUGAAGGUCAUGGGCCAGUUUGCAUUGCUCGCCAAUGACCAGCAACAACGGGCCGCUCAACGUGAACAGGAAGCCGCGGGGGCCAGCGAGACGGACCAGCCAAUGAACCGAUACGACGAGUACCCGCAGUACUACACGCCCGACCCUCUGAUUGGUGGCCUCGAGCUCAUGGUGCAUUGCUUCGGCGUGUACGUGGGUUGCGUGGGCUUCAAGGCUGCACACGAUACGGACAUUCGCCCCAUUCGUUUCUACUGCCGUGGUAUUGUGUGGCUUGCCAUCUUGACUGUAGCAGAGCAGAUUUACACAACGGUGCAGAUCUCGGAGACGGACUUUCCAACGGAGCGAGUGCAGUACCCCUACGGCGGACAGGGCCCAACGAAAGACGAUAUCGUGUCGGCCAAUAUAUUCCAGACGAUCAUGCUUGUGGUAAUGUGGAUUAUUGCUAUUCGCCAUUCAUAUCUGCAUCAGCGGGAGGUUUCCAUCUACAACCAAUCGUUCGCUGCGGCCGCCAUGAAUGCUGCACCUCCUGUUCACCUGCCUGAGGUGGUGUAA